AUGGCAAAGUUCGGACCGCCAGAACCCUUUGACUUUUCCCGCCCGGCGGAAUGGCCGAUGUGGCGCCGUCGCUUCGACCGUUUCAGAGUGGCAUCAAAGCUGGACAGAGAGAGCGGGGAAGUACAGGUUAACACGCUUCUCUACGCUAUGGGAAGAGAGGCGGAGGCUAUUUACGACUCGUUCGUGUACGAGGAGGAGACGAACCAAGAAGUUUCAGAUGAGGAACCCGCAGAAACUCAUCCCGAGCUGGACUACAUGACGGUAAUGGCAAAAUUUAGCGACCAUUUUGUGCCAAAACGGAAUAUUAUUCACGACAGAGCGUGCUUCCAUAGGAGAGUGCAGAAAGCCGGAGAGCCAGUCGAAGCGUUCGUUAGAAGUUUAUACGAGCUAGCACAGUAUUGUGAGUUCGGAGGGACCAAAGAUGAACAAAUCCGAGACAGGAUCGUGAUCGGCAUAUUGGACCGUGAUGUUUCCCAAAAGCUGCAGCUCGAGGCAGACCUCACACUUGAACGAGCUAUUCAAAUAGCGCGCCAGAGCGAACAAAUCAAGCAGCAGAGCGCGAGUCUGUGUGCAGAACAUGCUGUGGACGGCAUGAGUCAAGGGAGACGGCAUUUUCAUACAAACAAGGGCAAAAACGAUGGUCACUGGCGGAGAAAGCAGGAUUUCGACACAGACCUCCUAGAGGACGUUUUUGGAGAAAUUGGCCUGCUUAAAUGCGACCCUGUUAAAAUCGAACUAAAAGCAAAUGCAGAGCCCUACAGCCUGACAACGCCACGUCGUGUCCCAUUUCCCCUUCUUGCUAAGGUUGAAACAGAACUGAAGCGCAUGCUAGCUUUGGGCAUAAUAGAAGAGGUCACUGAGCCCACUGAUUGGUGCGCCCCGAUGGUUCCUGUUGAAAAGAAAAACAGAGAUCAAGUAAGAGUGUGCGUGGAUCUUAAACGCUUAAAUAAAGCAGUAAAACGAGAGCGUUACAUCUUGCCAACUUUGGAAGACAUUGCCCCAAAGCUGGCUGGGGCCAAAGUGUUUUCCACCUUGGAUGCUUCUUGUGGAUUUUGGCAGAUCCCUCUGGAUGCAGGCAGCAGGACACUGACAACAUUCAUAACCCCCAUCGGCAGAUUCUGCUUCAGACGGCUGCCAUUUGGAAUCACGUCAGCUCCAGAAAUCUUUCAAAGACAGCUAUCCACUUUGCUGAACGAUCACAAAGGCGUUGUCGUAGUGAUGGAUGACAUACUCGUUUAUGGAGCAACCAAAGAGGACCACGACAACUGCUUGAACGCAGUCCUGAAGACCGUCAAGGACAGUGGCUUGAAGCUGAACAAAGCAAAGUGCCAUUUCAGCAAAUCAGAGACUCGAUACUUUGGGCACAUCAUCAGUGCCGAGGGCAUAAAACCAGACCCAACUAAGGUGGAAGCCAUCACGCGGAUGCAGAGUCCUACAAAUGUGGAGGAGCUUCGUCAAGUUCUGGGCUUGAUUAAUUAUGUAGGGGGAUUCCUACCAGGCCUCUCCACCAAACUACACCCAAUCACCAGCCUGUUGAGGAAAGAGAACAAGUGGGUAUGGGACGAACCGCAAGAACAGGCGUUCACUGCUGUCAAAGCCAUGCUAGUGUCAGCCCCAGCACUUGCAUAUUAUGAUGCAAAUCGGAAAACUGUCAUCAGCGCUGAUGCAAGCAGCUACGGCUUAGGAGCAGCGCUACUACAACAACACGAAGACGGCUUAAAGCCGGUGGCCUUCUGCUCACGCACGCUUUCGGAUGCCGAGAGGAGAUACUCUCAAAUCGAGAAGGAGUGUUUGGCGGGCGUGUGGGCGUGUGAACGAUUUGCACGCUACGUUCAGGGAAUGGACAGUUUCCGCCUGCAAACAGACCACAAACCCCUGGUGCCGCUCAUAAAUACAUAUGACCUUGACAAAGCCCCUCCAAGGUGCCAGAGACUCCUGAUGCGCCUUUUAAGGUUCAAUGUGGAAGCUGAACAUGUUCCAGGGAAACAGCUGGUGGUGGCCGACACUCUAUCCAGGAGACCGCAGAAACACGUGAGUGAUGAGACUACAGAUCAUGUAGUACAAGCACAUGUAGAGUCAAUAGUAGCGAAUGCACCUGUCUCAUCCGAAAGACUCAGCAAGAUCCGUGUGGCUACUCAGCUUGAUGAUGAACUGCAACAGAUUACAGGUUUCAUCAGAAAUGGAUGGCCGCCCAAAACAAGGCUGUCCCCACAUCUGCACCGUUAUUAUUCUGCAAGAGCACAUCUCUCAGAAACUGAUGGACUGGUGUUAUAUCAGGAUCGGCUGGUCAUUCCUGCUGCACAGAGAGCUGAAGUGUUGGCAGAUUUGCAUAAAGGACACCAGGGACUAACACGGUGCCGGGCACGUGCCAGGAUGGCAGUGUGGUGGCCGAGCAUCAGUGCUGAAAUUAAACAGACAGUGUCAUCGUGCAAAUUCUGUAUUGAAAACAAACCUACCCAGAGGCGUGAACCUCUCCUGACCACGCCCCUGCCCGAGGGCCCCUGGCAGCGCAUAGCUACAGAUCUGUGUGAGUUUGAGGGACAGAAUUAUCUCAUCGUGACAGACUAUUACUCCAGAGACAUUGAAAUAGCUCGCCUGCCUUCUAUAUCCAGCCGUGAUGUCAUCUGUCGACUUAAGGGCAUAUUUGUGAGGUGGGGAAUACCACUGGAACUGGUCAGUGACAAUGCAACUCAGUUUUCAUCUGCUGAGUUCCAGGCCUUCUGUCGUGAGUAUGGAUUUGUGCACACAACCUCUAGCCCCUAUUAUCCCCAGGCGAACGGGGCUGCCGAACGAGCAGUUCAGACUGCUAAAAACAUCCUGAAGCAGCCUGACCCACAUCUCGCCCUGAUGUGCUAUAGAGCAACCCCGAGUGCUGCCACAGGUGUGAGCCCUGCGUUGCUUAUGACUGGAAGAGAGAUUAGAACUACACUUCCAAUGCUGGAGGACAAAUUGCAAGUUACUCUGGUGGACAGGCAACAGGUUCAGCAGAAGGACGACCAGACAAAGACAGCUUAUCGUUUUUUUCAUGACCGCCGUCACUCUGCACAACCCCUUCCCACACUACAACCUGGACAGGAUGUCAGAAUAAAACUGGACGGGGAAAAAGGUUGGAAAACCCCAGCUAGAGUCAUCACCAAAUGCCACGAGCCACGAUCCUAUUUGGUGGAGACAGAGAAUGGAGCGGUGCUGCGACGGAAUCGGAGACACCUGCAAGCCGUCCCACAGUCCACUGAUCAAUCGGAUCAGCUGCAGUCACCCAGUUCCCCAGUGGAACCAACCAGAAGCCCUGCUCAGAGACAGUCGAGCCCCGUGGUGGAGGGUUCCACUCCAUGUAAGGGUUCACAAGUUACAUCCCGGGGUAGAGUAGUGAGAAUUCCUCUCAGGUACAGAGACACUUAG